UGGUAGCCUGUCAAGUUCACGUCGACGCUCCGAAGUUGGAAUCUUAACAACACUCAGGAAAUCAGGAUCCAUCAUGAGCCAGCAAAGAAAGGGAAUCCGUGCCGUGCGUCAGAGACGCACAUCAGAUCCCAUGGCCCAGAAGGGGGAUUUAUUGGAGAGUGACGCCCCUGCCCAAAAGUGCCCUCGCUUGGAGGGCGAAGCCUCCCUUGAAACUCAGCAGCAUACCCAAGCUGAUCCUGUACAGACCCCCAGAGCUCCAUCUCCAGUGCCCAGCGGUGUAUCUCUGAAGAGUGACCGGUCCAAGCUUGGGCCUCUCAACUUCAGCAAUCAACCAGAACGCUUUCAUCAAGGAGCUCAGACCCCCAGAGCUCCAUCUCCAGUGCCCAGCUGUGUGUCUCUGAAGAGUGACCGGUCCAAGCUUGGACCUCUCAACUUCAGCAAUCAACCAGAACGCUCUGAUCCACAAGUGCAGACCCCCAGAGCUCCAUCUCCAGUGCCCAGUGGUGUAUCCCUGAAGAGUGACCGGUCCAAGCUUGGACCCCUCAACUUCAGCAAUCAACCAGCGCACUCUGAUCCACAGUCACACACACAUAGAGCUCCAUCUCCAGUGCCCAGCGGUGUAUCUCUGCAGAGUGACCAGUCCAAGCUCGGACCUCUCAACUUCAGUACAGACCAACCACCAGACUCAGAUCAGGGAGACUUGAAUCCAUCCUCACUGGCUUUGCAUGAGGAAGGCAGAACAGAUGCAGAAAGAAAAACAUUGUUGGAGUAUAAGGCGAAGCUGAAGAAGCAGUUUGAAAACAUCCAUGAAUGUGUACUCAGUGGAGACACUCAGAGACCACUUCAGGACAUCUAUGUAGAUCUCUACGUCAUAGAGGGGCAGAGCGAGGGGCUGGGUGAUGAGCACGAGGUUUUGCAAGGAGAGACUCAGUCUGUGGUGCGAAGUGUGGAAGACCCAUUGAUCACAUGCAGUGACCUUUUCAAAUCCUCCUCUGAAGAAAAGGUCAUCAAGGCUGUGCUCACCAAAGCUGCUGCCGGCAUGGGGAAAACAGUCUUGGUUCAGAAGCUCGUCACCGACUGGGCAGAUGGAAGAGCCAACCAAGACAUUGAUGUGGUGGUUGUGCUCCCUUUCAGAUUGCUGAACAGAAUCAAAGAGCAAGAGUGCAGUUUCCAAGAACUUCUGCAGCAUAUCUGUCCUGAUCUACAAGAGUUGUGGAAGAGCGGGGCAUUUGAAUACUAUCAGGUUUUGUUCAUCUGCUUUGCUCUGGAUGAGAGCAGCCUUCCUUUGAACUUCCAGGAAAAUCAGAAGCUGUCCGGCAUCUCACAGAAAGCCUCGGUGGACACACUCGUAACAAGCCUGAUCAUGGGCUCUUUGGUCCCCAACGCUCGCAUCUGGAUAACGUCGCGACAUGUGGCAAGUGAUCAAAUUCCUUCUGAGGUAAUCAACAAAGUUACAGAAGUAAGAGGAUUCACAGAUCAACAAAAAGAUGACUACUUCAAGAAGAGAGUCGAUAAGGAAAGUCAGGCCAAACGAAUAAUCGAGCACAUCGAGUCCCUGAGAAGUCUUCACAUCUUGUGUCGCAGGCCAGUUUUUUGCUGGAUCGCUGCCACUGUACUGCAGCAUAUUUUGGAAGAUCCAAGCAGUGAGAACCAGCCAUCAACCCUCAGUGAGAUGGUCAUGCAGUACCUGGUUAUCCAGACAAUCAGGAGGCGUCAGAAGUAUCAGUCCAGCAAUGUGUUAGUCCAGCAAGAAGACCUCAUACUGAAGCUGUCCAAACUCGCCUAUGAGCAUCUGCAGAGAGGAAGCUACAUGUUUUCAGAAGAGGAGGUGAUUGCCUGUGGCAUAGGCGUAGCUGAUGCUUUGGUUUACUCUGGAUUCUGCACUGAUACCUUCAAAGGAGAAUCUUCCCCGUUUGGGAAAAUAUACACAUUUGUGCACAUCACCCUUCAGGAGUUUCUGGCUGCCCUGUAUGUCUUUGUGUCCUAUGUCAAAGAGGAUACAGAAGCACUGGGGGCUCUGUUAACGAAGAAACAAAGCGUCCCACGCAAACACCCAUCCCUAGAGGAGCUCCUCAGCUGCGCCGUAAACAGAGCGCUGGAGAGCAAGAAUGGGCACCUGGAUCUGUUUGUCCGCUUCCUUCAUGGGAUGGCCAUGGAGUCCAACCAAAAGGUCAUGCGAGGACUUCUGUCCAUCAACCCUCAAGAUAACCCAAGGUGUGUUAGCAACCCAGAGAGUCUGAAGAGAGCUGUUCAAAACCUGAAAGACAUGAGGCGGAAGGACAUCUCCCCAGAUCGAUGGAUAAACAUCCUCUGCUGCCUGGUGGAAAUGCAUGACACAUCACUGCAGCAGGAAGUCCAAGCUUUCAUGAACUCGGAGACGGGUGCGGUGAAACGGCUCAAACCGGCCCACUGCUCAGCCUUAGCCAGGAUAUUGAUGACGGCAACCGAGCCUAUGGAAGAGUUUGACCUGAAGAAGUACAAGACAUCUGAUGAGGGUCGGAGAAGACUGGUUCCAGUUGUGCGGUGCUGCAGAAAGGCCCUACUUGCAGACUGUAAACUGACCCUAAGGUCUUGUGAGAUAGUCGCCUCUGCGUUGAAGGCCCCCAGAUCCCUGCUUCAAGAGCUGGACAUGAGUCACAACCACCUGCAGGAUUCUGGAGUGGAGUACCUCUCUUCUGGCCUGAGGAGCUCAAACUCUGUGCUGGAGACCCUGAGAUUGUCUGCCUGUGGCAUCACUGGGAAAGGUUGUGAGUUGCUGGCCUCUGCCCUGACGGCAAACCCCGCCCCCCUCAAAGAACUGGACCUGAGCUCCAAUCAUCUUAAAGAGGCGCAGCUUAGGACACUCCAGUCAAUAAAGGAAAAUCCAGAGUCAGCAUUGAAAAUACUCUGGUGGAAGAUCUUACCAGAGCCAUGUGGAGACCGCUAGGCUUCUUUCCACACGCACGCAAGCUGCUUCACUGCACACUGGAAUCAAGCCAGCAACCUGGCUGAUGCUAUGGGUCUUCACGCUUUAAUAAGCUAGCAUUCCAUUGCACUUAGCUGACGCUUUCAUUUAUUCAAAGCGACUUACAGUUAUUAUUUUUCAGGGUAUUGGUUACAGUCCCUGGAGCAAUGUGGAGUUAGGUGCCUUGCUCAAGGGCACUUCAGCCAUAGAUGGAGAUGUCAAGUCAAGUCAAGUCAAGUAGGUUUUAUUGUCAAUUUCUUUACAUGCACUGGUCAUACAAAGAAUUUGAAAUUACAUUUCUUGCUUUCCCAUACAGACAUAGACUAAUUAAGGUAAGGACAUAGACAGUAUAGACAUAGACAGUACUUAUACAUGGACUUAAGACAGUAUGGACAUAGACAGUGCUCAUACAGACAUUUAAAGUGCAAGACUGGACAACAGAAGACUUGUAGAGGACAUACAUUAAGAGGUAUUUGUUGUGCUUUUGUGCUUUUCCUAAAAAAGUCCUUUAUAGCGUUCUGACAUGGUAAUAGUAGCAUUUUGAAGAAAAUAAAUAUAAAAAGGUCUGUCAAGUACACCAGCAGCAGUGUGUGUGUGUGUGUGUGUGUGUGUGUGUGUGUGUGUGUGUGUGUGUAUGUGUGUGUAUGUGUUUAGUGCAGGUAGAAGGUGCGGUGUGCGUCUUGUGUGUGUGUUCGUGUGUCUGUGUGUGUGUGUGUGUGUGUGUGUGUGUGUGUGUGUGUGUGUGUGUGUGUGUGUGUGUGUGUCAGUGUGUGUAUGUUUGGGUUUAGUGCAGAAAGUGCAGUGUGCUUGUGUGUGUGUGUGUGUGUGUGUGUGUGUGUGUGUGUGUGUGUGUGUGUGUGCAUGUUUUGAGUUAGUGCAGGUUGAAAGUUCAGUCACAAGUAUAGUAG